UGAGUGGAGGUCGAGCCCACUUUUCCGAACACAGCGAGGCUCCAUUUUGUUUGAUUCAGGACUUAGCGGUUACACUGUCGACAGCAAGCAUCACCUCCCCGCCUGAAGAGUGAACCAGACAUGAGCGGCUGCCGCAUUUUCAUCGGCCGUCUGAGUCCCUCCGCCAGAGAGAAGGAUGUGGAGCGGUUCUUCAAGGGAUACGGCCGCAUCCGAGACAUCGACCUGAAGCGAGGCUUCGGCUUUGUGGAGUUUGAUGACCCCCGAGACGCUGAGGAUGCCGUGUAUGAGCUCGAUGGCAAAGAGCUGUGCAAUGAAAGGGUGACCAUUGAGCACGCUCGUGUACGGCUGCGGGGCGGACGUGGCCGGGGUGGUGGCGGCGGAGGAGGCCGCUUCUCUGACCGCUAUGGCCGAGGGUCUCAGAACAGUCGGAGUCGCAAUCCGCCUCCGAUGCGCACGGAGAACCGUCUGAUUGUGGAGAACUUGUCCUCUCGCGUCAGCUGGCAGGACCUGAAAGAUUUCAUGAGACAAGCUGGCGAAGUAACAUUUGCAGACGCACAUCGCCCAAAGCUCAACGAAGGGGUGGUUGAGUUUGCCUCUUAUAGUGAUCUGAAAAAUGCCCUUGAUAAACUGUCUGGAAAAGAAAUCAAUGGCAGGAAAAUCAAGCUCAUUGAGGCAGCAAAGAAGAGGUCAAGGAGUCGUUCGCGGUCGGACAGCUCCUCCCGCUCUCGCUCCCGGUCCAGAGGUCGCUCCGCGUCUCGCUCGCCGAGACGCUCCCGCAGCCCCGCCAAGCCCCACAACCGCUCUCGCUCCCGGUCGCGGUCCCGCUCCCGCUCCCGCACGCCGUCCCGCUCCCGCAGCCGCUCGCCGGCGGGAGGCGCCUCGUCCCCCAGUUCCAAGUCGAAGGAGGCGGCCAAGCGCUCCUCCAAGAUGAACAAGUCGGCCACCCCCCCUUCCCCCGCCCCCGCCCAGAGGGCCUCCGCCUCCCGUUCGCGCUCCCGCUCACGUUCGCGCUCCCGUUCGCGCUCGCGGUCCCGGUCCCGAUCCCGCUCCCGAUCCCGCUCCCGCUCUCGCUCCACAGACAGCCAGCGCUAAGAGCCGGCCGACUCACCGGCGAUCGGCGGCGGAAGCGGCCCGUAGGAUGAGUACAAUCAGCCGAGCGGAGACGACACACGCGCUGGAGCUCUUUUUAAAGCCCACAUGAGUUUUCAUUCAGUAACGUUUGGCUGUUUUACCUGGAUGCCCUUUUUUUUUUUUUUUUUUUUUUCCCUUCUUUUUUUCACAUUCACACACACACACACACACACACACACACAUCAUUAGGCGUGCAGAGCAGUGUUGCAGACUUCAGGUGGUAUAAAACAAACACUUCGUCCCCGUCAAUGUCGUUUGAAAGUUUUUUUUUUUUCCUUCCUCCAGCUGGUUUCAGGUGCGCAGCGUACCGAGUGUAGCGGAGCGUCCGUCGGUGUUUCUCUUCGCGUGGAUCAGCUGUGAUCAGCACUUCUUCUUCCCAUCAGAAAUGAGAUGCCGUUCUUUGAUCCCCUGACUUCUCAGACUCAUCGUACCGACCACAGCUGCUGCAUUGACAUCUGUGUAGUGGGAUGCUUGCAUGGUCUUUUUUCUUUUUUUUUUUUUUUUUAAUUUAAAUCAAAUUUGCCCUUUUUGAAACGAUUGGACAUAUUUCAACUCCAGUUUUUCCAGUUUUACUCACAGACCUUCGUAACAGGCAGCUUCAGUGGUGAGAGCCCUCGUGUAAAGUUACUGAGUUAAACACACGUAUGAUGAAUUGAUUUCAUGUCUCCUGCAGGUUCAUUCUGUGACCGUUAAGCUUUGAUUUUGAUUGUUUUUGUUUUUUUUGUUUUUUUUUUCUUUUUUAAUUGGGGAGUUUGUGUACAGAUUUCUGACUUGUGUUGAAAAGGAUUUAAAUGUAAUUCCAAGAAUACUUGUUGGUACUGUGACUGAUGUGACUGUGGU